AUGGAGGAUUACGAUAACGACGACUCCUCAUCGUACCCCGAGUAUUCGCCCUUCACAAGUGUUGCUUCGUUUGGUACUGGAAGUAUUUCGACUGCCUCAACCCCAGAUGAAGCUACUACGCCUGACACGACCGGGUUGACCUUGUUCGACUUCCAUAUUGACGAAAAGGCAGUGAGGGGUCCGAAUGGACCGCACUUGUUCAGAUCUUCUAUGGACUCUUCGGAGCAUAAUGAUUUGACUGAGAUGGAAACGGGGACCAUACACUUUGAGACCCGUCCACCCAGUGCCAUUCUCCCUUUUCAUCAGUCUGCUUCAAAGCUGGACCCGGUGAGGCAUGACACACCCGUCCCUAAUGGCCUCCCCUAUACGUCACAACCUCGCCAACAACCUCGCCAACAGCCGCAGAUGACACCUCAGAUGCAACCUCAGGUACAACGGCAUUCUUUCAUUGGGCAGGACAUUGCGCCCAAUGAGUUUGACGCUCCCCAGUGGACACCAGAAGACGUCUCCAGAUGGCUGCAGAUCAACAGGUUUGACAACAGCAUUAUCCAGACGUUCUUCACGAACGAUAUCUCUGGAUUUAUUCUACUUGAGCUUCAGACCCAAGAUCUGAAAGAAUUAGGUAUCCAAUCUUUUGGAAAGCGGCACAUGUUGAUGGGUGCUAUUCAAAAUCUUCGCAACUCCGCUAGUGCCGGGGCGCGGGCUUCUCGGAAUGAUUCCUAUGUUCGAGAGGCACCUCCAACUCCUUACACUGCUUCUACGUUGACAAGUGAAUGCCAGUCAAGCCGGGUUACGGAUGACGACGGGUCGAGGAGAAAAAACAAUAAUAGCCGGGGACGUCGACACCGAGACAAUGACCAGUCCUACCAAGUAGCAGAGGAGCGUCCAGGAGAGCCAGUUUCGAUUGUCGCGAUUGAGGAAGUGCUGCCAAAGCUUCACAGCUGUUCCAAGGGCGAGAACUGCCGUAAAUGGCAAAAACAGCAGGCUCGGCUCGCUCAAAUGGCAAAAGACUUGCCAAUUGGCACGUUGAAUGGCCGAUUCGUUCUGAUGGGGGACCCAGGUAAUCCUGCAACAGCCCCUAAUCUGAUCAAAACACCCGGGUCGGAGGUCACCCCGUCAUUAGUUGCUUCAUCUGACGUGAUGGGACCCAUUGAUAAAUCCGGCUUCCCGUUAUCCAAGGAGAAGCUUAGGGAGGUCCAACCUAGAGACCCGCAGGAAAAUGUUCGAAACUUCUUGAGUUUCCAGCAAUUGAAUAAAUUGCAGCCGGUGAAUCAGCCGGGAACCCCGCCGAAAGAAGUACUUCCCUCGCCAGAAUCCGAGUCGCCAGCAUCAGUCAAGGGCAAUCCUCUCACUGAGAACCUCCGAAACUUACCAAAACUGCAGAUCCCUGCUACCCCGGACGAUGGCGACUUGGAGUUCACCCCAAACUUAUCAUCUCAGAGGACUGCCACACCUUCUACCGUGCGCAAGAAGCCUUACUAUAACGAUGAGUACCCAACGGCCAUACCUCGAGGACAGAAGUAUGCUUAUGGUGUAAACUCGUCCCCUGGUGAUUUUUACCGCGUCGAUCCACAUUAUGGCCAAGAGACUCCGGUAUCUGAAGCGGAUGCCCCUAUGACUGCUUUCCCAAUCGGCCUAGUUCCGAGGGAGGAGUCCCAAUCCGUUCCCCCAAACAUGCGCUUUGGUUCAAACCGCCAUGUCAUUGCCGAUCCCAUCCGCCGGCCUUCAUCCACUCAGCCGGAAGGACGUCGCAGAGAGAGCUCCCAUAACAUUAUUCCGACCUUGAAACCCCUUGAUGAACGCCGUGCAGUUAACCCGAUCGACACACCGGAAGACUUACAAAAGGCAUGGGAACGGAGAAAUCUCCUUUCUCCCGGUAGACGGUCCCCCAACGAUGUCACCCACAGCGGAUGGAUGAAGAAACGAAAGACUACUCGUCUUCUGCGCCACGAGUGGGAGGAUCAUCACUUUACUCUUCAGGGAACGCAACUGGCAAUGCAUACAGACGAAGAGUCGUCUCGCCGCCGCUCCAAAGCCCUUGAGUACAUUGAUGUGGAUGACUACGCUGUUGCCUGCUCAUCAUUAGCCUCCAAUUCAAAGUUGACUGCCGCUUUCAAAAAGACCGUCCUUAAACGCAAACCCGAUGGCCUUACAGACUCAGCCUUCGGGUUCUCUUUAAUUCCAGCAUCUGGGAAUGGCAAUACCGUUGAUAAAAAGGCUCUGUUUUUGCACAGUGGCAAGAGUCACCAUUUUGCCGUGAAGACCCGAGAUGAACGUAUUGACUGGAUGCGAGAACUCAUGCUUGCGAAGGCUCUGAAACGCGGAGCCUCUGUGAACAUGAAUGGCAGUAUGAUUUAA